UGCGUAUUGCAAAAAAAAUGGCAUGAUCUUUUCCGGGUCAAAAAAAUAGCACCGCCGCGAAUUCGAGCUAACUAAUGCUAGUUGUCAAUCAUUAAGUCGAACCCAAGAAGGACGAAAUCGGACAUAUAAACACCCAGUGAAUCACAUCCAAGGCCGUCCUUAUCCAAACACAUGACACAGCGAUGCCGGGGCUCAGCUGCCGAUUCUACCAGCACCGCUUCCCAGAAGUGGAGGACGUGGUCAUGGUGAACGUGAGGUCCAUCGCUGAGAUGGGUGCCUACGUCAGCCUUCUGGAGUACAACAACAUAGAGGGCAUGAUCCUCCUGAGCGAGCUGUCGCGUCGGCGUAUCCGCUCCAUCAACAAGCUCAUCCGCAUAGGACGCAAUGAGUGCGUGGUCGUCAUACGAGUGGACAAAGAGAAAGGAUACAUUGAUCUGUCAAAAAGAAGAGUUUCACCAGAGGAGGCUAUCAAGUGUGAAGAUAAAUUCACAAAAUCUAAAACGGUGUACAGUAUCUUGCGCCACGUUGCCGAAGUGCUGGAGUAUAGCAAAGACGAGCAGCUGGAGAGCUUGUACCAGCGCACGGCUUGGGUCUUUGACGAAAGGUACAAGCGGCCGGGAUACGGCGCCUACGAUGUCUUCAAACAAGCUGUGUCUGAUCCUUCCAUCUUGGGUGAUCUGGACCUGACAGAAGAAGAGCGAUCUGUGCUUAUCGACAACAUCAACAGGAGACUCACACCGCAAGCUGUCAAGAUCCGCGCAGACAUUGAAGUUGCAUGUUAUGGCUAUGAGGGCAUCGAUGCUGUGAAGGAAGCGCUGAGAGCAGGACUGAGCUGCUCUACGGAAGCCAUGCCCAUUAAGAUUAACCUGAUUGCUCCGCCUCGCUACGUGAUGACCACCACCACUCUGGAGCGCACAGAGGGCCUCUCUGUCCUCAAUCAGGCCAUGGCGGCCAUCAAGGAGAAAAUUGAAGAGAAGAGGGGCGUCUUUAACAUCCAAAUGGAGCCCAAGGUGGUGACAGACACAGAUGAGACAGAGCUGGCCAGGCAAUUGGAGCGGCUAGAGAGAGAAAACGCAGAGGUGGACGGAGAUGAUGACGCAGAGGAGAUGGAGGCCAAAACCGAGGACUAGAGAAACCUGCAGCCAGUCAAUCCAGCAAACAUCAACUGCUAUUAAAAGUGCCUCUUUGGGAUUUUUAGCAGCAGUUUUCCAUUUACUCGCCUUGUGUAAGAAGGUAUUCAACACAUGGAGUUGUGUUCAUGGACACAAUGUGCUUCUGUUUUUAAAUAACAUCAGCGACCUUCAAACAAGUAUUGGUGACGAGGGAAAUAUGCAGGCUCAGCUAAUCGUUCAGUGGUGACAUUUACAGGGUUUUCACUGUUCAGUUCUACCCUUGUUUCUUCGUCAGCAUCAAUAAAAAAAAUCUUGCUCUCAAUGGA